AUGACGAGAAUCCAGGAACUAGCUAGUAUUAUAUCUACCAACACGGAUAGAAUCGAUGCGCAUCUAACCUCCCGAGGGCUACCUACGCCGUCCUUUGAUGCGGAUGCCCCAGAAUCACUGGACCUUCCCAGCGAUCUUCAAGCUGCUCGAGUUCUCGUCAUCGAAGCUUCCACGGAGCUAAAGGAACUUCUCCAAGGCCCUAAGGAGCUUCUUAUGAGCAACUCGUCUAGCCAAUUCGUCAGUCUUCGCGCAAUUUAUCAUUACAAAAUGGCAGAAACCUUUCCCGUUGGAAGCGAAGCCACUUUCGUGCAAAUUUCAGAGGCGUGUGGGCUCAAUGAACCCGAUGUACGAAGAAUCCUUCGACAUGCAAUGGCCCAUCGUAUAUUUCGUGAAGUUCGUAAGGGUGUCGUUGUUCACACAGCAGCCUCAAGACUGCUUGCCGAAAGUCGUCAGUUAAAAUCAUGGACAGGUGUCAAUGUCGAAGAGAUGUGGCCUGCUGCUGUGCAGACGGUUCCGGCUAUGAUCAAAUGGCCUAAUUCGCAAGAGGCUACUCAUACCGGUUUCUCUAUCGCCAACGAUACCCAAGAUUCUAUAUUUGUCACUCUCGGCAAAGAUCCGAAGCGAGCAGCUAGAUUUGGUGAAGGAAUGUCAGCCUUCAAUACCAGCGGAGGCUACGAACUAGAUCAUCUCGUGAACCACAAAAUUUGGUCAACCUUGGGUUACGGACUGGUAGUAGACCUCGGAGGAUCCCAUGGUGACGCCAUGAUUGCGCUUGCCAUGAAAUAUCCAUCAUUGAAAUUUGUUGUUCAGGAUCUUCCGCGCACAAUUGAGUCUCGCCCAACAACACCUCCAAAUGUGGCUGAUCGAGUGGAAUUCCUUGCCCAUGACUUUUUCGAAGAACAACCGAUCAAACAUGCUGAUUUGUAUUUUUUCCGUUGGAUCUUUCAUGACUGGUCUGACGAAUAUUGCGUGCGUAUACUUCGCAACUUGAUCCCGGCAUUGAAACACAAAUCAAGGAUGAUCAUCAACGACGCAUGUUUGCCCGAGCCAAACACCCUCAGUAACGGUGCUGAAAGACAAAUCAGGUCCAUGGAUCUGGCCAUGUUGCAAAUCCAAAAUUCGCGAGAACGAGAGCUGCAAGAUUGGGAAACCCUUUUUGUUAAAGCUGACCCGAGAUUUAAGUUCCUAGGGGUUACACAACCCAAGGGUUCGAAACUCGCCAUCAUUGAAGCGAUCUGGGAGCCGGUCGUCUAG